GUAAACAUAAUUCUCUCUUCAAAGAGCACAGACGCUAGUCAAGAGCUCCAAACUCAUCUCGGGAAGAAGAGGAGAAGAGAACUCAUCAAGCUCUUCUGGGAAUUAAUAUUUGCUUUUGUCUGACACUAUUUCUUGAUCAUCAUCAUCAUCAUCUUCACCGGAGAGAGAGAGAGAAUGUCGAAAAAGCCGGUCCCAGAGUACGAGCGGACAUUGGAGAAGACGUCGACAUGGAGUGUGGCGGUCGUGUGCUUCGUCUUGCUCGCCAUCUCCAUCUUCAUCGAACAUGUCAUUCACCUCUUGGGCAAGUGGUUAACAAAAAAACGCAGGCCAGCCCUUUUUGAAGCCCUUGAAGUGGUUAAAAAUGAGCUCAUGCUGCUGGGGUUCAUAUCCUUGCUCCUGACGGUGUUCCAAGAUCCCAUUUCGGGCUUCUGCAUUUCAAAGAGCGUUGCGUCCUCGUGGCUUCCUUGCAGUGAGGACAAGGUUAGCGACGUGAGUUCUAGCAAAGGACGGAGGCUCCUUGACUUUUCCGGCGUCGGGACCGUCGCUCGCCGGAGUUUGGCCACUAAGGGAUACGACAAGUGCUCGGAAAAGGGGAAGGUCGCGUUUGUGACAGCAUACGGAAUACACCAGCUGCACAUAUUCAUCUUUGUAUUAGCCAUUUUCCAUGUGCUCUACUGCAUCACAACUUUGGCUCUCGGCACCAUCAAGAUGAGGAAGUGGAAAGUGUGGGAAAAUGAGACAAAGACACCUGAACACCAAUUCGCUCAUGAUCCACAGAGGUUUAGGUUUGCAAGUGAGACAUCAUUUGGGAGAAGACACUUGAGCUUUUGGAGCCGUUCACCAAUUUCCCUUUGGAUUGUGUGCUUCUUCAGACAAUUCUUUGGAUCAGUCACGAAGGUUGACUACAUGGCACUGAGACAUGGCUUUAUCAUCGCGCAUUUAGCACCUGAAAAUGAAACCAGGUUCGACUUCCAGAAGUACAUUCGCAGGUCGCUCGAAGAGGAUUUCAAAGUGGUUGUUGGGAUAAGUCCUACUAUAUGGUUCACUGCAGUGUUGUUCCUGCUGUCCAAUGCACAUGGGUGGCACUCUUACCUGUGGUUUCCAUUCAUUUCUUUGAUAAUAAUCCUGAUGAUAGGAGCCAAGCUACAAGUUAUUAUCACAAAGAUGGGACUAAGAAUUCAAGAGAGAGGGGAUGUGGUUAAGGGAACACCUGUGGUUCAGCCAGGCGACGAGCUUUUCUGGUUUGGUCGGCCGCACUUCAUCCUCUUUUUAAUUCACUUUGUCCUGUUUCAGAAUGCUUUUCAACUUGCUUUCUUCGCCUGGAGCACCUGGCAAUUCACCUUGCGGAAUUGCUUCCACCACAAACUCGAGGCCAUCAUCAUCAGAAUUUCAAUGGGGGUCAUCAUACAAAUCGUGUGCAGUUAUGUGACUUUGCCACUCUACGCCAUAGUGACCCAGAUGGGAUCCACCAUGAAACCCACCAUCUUCCACGAUCACGUGGCGACAGCACUAAAGCACUGGCACCACAGGGCGAGGAAGCAUGUCAAGCACAGCCAACACUCGGGUAUCUCAACACCCUCUGCGAGUGCGCCAGCAACUCCAGAGCAUGGCUCGUCGCCGAUCCAUCUCCUGCACCAAUACCAACAGAGGAGCCUCGAGAGUGCUCGCAAUUCUCCAAGGAAAUCCGAUGCCGAAAACGAGCAGUGGGCAGUUAUCGGCUUGCAGUCCCCACAGAACCAGGAAGUUGGUGACAUGCCCUGGAGCAGGCAUUUGGAAACCACAGGACAAGAGGGAUCGACCGGACAACCAAACUUGAUGAGUAAUCAACAUGAAAUCGACAUAACACUAUCUGAUUUCUCAUUUCAGAAGCAAUAUUAGUGGUGUUGAUUGAUAGUUCGCUGCCAUGCAUCUUACUUAGAGGUUUGUACACAAGCAGUACUUGAGAGCUUCUAUAAAAGGAUGUUCAAACAAUAGCCUAAGUGGAUUUGGCCAGGGCCAAUCAUUCUGUAAGAAUACAUGGAUUAUGCAUAUGUAGUUUCUAUACUGAUUCUGUCAAGGAAAAAUAUGGUACGACUUUGGGAG